UUUCAGCUAGCUCAACACAGGGAUCAACCCCCAAGAAUGUUGCAGUGGACCCAUGGAGUGCCUCAGCUGUUACUAUGAACACAUACUCACAGACUGUCAGUCCUGAAGUCAGUGCAAUUGUUCCAGGUUUCCCCAGCCCUCAAUCUGUCGAUAUUCAGAGCUCACCAGAGUCCAUGACCAGUGCUCAGCUUGUGGAUAGUCCAACCUCUCCAGUCUCUGUGGACAGUGAGAGACUAGAUCUCGAAAUAGAGUCAUCUGGUGAAGAAUCAUCAGGACCAACAAAUCCAACAAUCAAGUCAUACGGCAAAACAAAAGGUGUAGAAGCCUGUAUAGAAAUGGUGAAAGAAUAUUUGAGAGACAUGAGCCAACACUCUUACAUUUGCCAUGAACAUGACGAAAUGCUCCUUGAAGACAUUUACGUGGAUGUCACAAUGGUUGAGGUUCAAGCUGAAAAUAAGUCUGCAAAAAACGCCUCUAAGUGUUUGGACAAGGAAUGCAAAAUCUAUGACAUAGCAGAGCGAGAAAGAGGUGCUGUAAACUUGAGCAAUCUCUUUGACGUUUCAGGAAAACGACCAAGAGAAACCAAAAUCGUUGCCUUACUGGGGAGAGCAGGGAUCGGUAAAAGUGUACUUGUCCAAAAAAUCUGCCACGACUGGGUGAACGGGUCCUUCAGGCAGUUUGAGUUUGUUUUCUGGUUUAAGUGCAGGAUGCUCAAUUUUGCAAAGCAGAACACUUUAAAAGAUUUACUUUUCCAUCCAUUCCUUCCGACAUUAAAGAACACGGACGAGGUUUUUCAAUAUCUCUGUCACAAUUCCCGCAAAGUCCUGCUCAUUUUGGAUGACUUUGAGGACUUGUACUACCACGACGGCCUCCUGCAGCCUUCAGUGUGUGGCUCAGCGGAGAGACCUCACACUGUCAAACAGCUGUUUGCUGGCCUCCUCCAGAAGAAGCUGCUGAAGGGUUGCACGAUCGCUAUUACAGCAAGACCAAAAGAAACCUUCAACCAGUACCUCGGAAGGGUGGACAAAAUAGUGGAGGUGCUGGGCUUUCGCCCACACCACGUACAGGAAUUCCUGCACAGGUACUUUGAAGACUCCUCAGCUGCUGAAGCCGUGGCAUGUCUUCAGGAGCAGGGUUACCUGCUCAGCUUCUGCUCCACCCCUUUAUUAUGCAGAUUCAUCUGUUUCGUUCUGAAAGCUCAGCAUCAGACUGGAGAUGGGCGUUUGGUGUUACCGUCCACUCUCACUCAUUUAUUUCUGAACAUUUUCCACGUCCUGCUCCAGGGUAAAACUCAAAAUGUCGUGGCUUUGCACAGGCAGAACAUCCUGGAGUUGAGCAAACAUGCCUUUGCAGGGGUUCAGUGCCAUUACAAUGUCUGCAUGACCUCCAGAGCAGUAGAAAUGUCCAACUUUGCUUUGAAGCACGGCUUCCUAAGACCCUUCUUGAUGACUGGCGAAGGAAAGGGGCAGGAGUGUGGGAAGACUUUCUCUCAUUCUUUCCUGCAGAACUUCCUGGCAGGGCUUUACUUGUUGUUUUCUGAAGAUGUCAAGUGCAAAGGGUUGAUGAAGCUAAUCUCCUUGGAGCACAGAAAGCGGAAAUCUCAAGCGGACUGGCUCGACGUCGUUCGCAGGUUCCUGGUGGGACUGGCUUUUCAGGAAGGAAAUGAUUUCCUUCACAGCUUCGCCCAUCAUCCAAAAGCUAAUGUCAAAGGCAAGAAGCAAAAGAGCCUGCAGAAAUACUUGGCUGAACUCGACGUCUCUGCGCUCAGCACCAGUAAAUUGCUGGAGCUUUGUCAUUGUGUUUACGAAACCCAGAGCACUGAGCUGACUGAACGGGUAGCUGCUAAACUCGGCCAGAGAUUGUCCUUCAGAGGCACAAGGCUGACUCCAGCUGACAUCUUCGUACUGCUCUACAUAAUGCGGAGCUCACCGAAUAACUUUGCUGUCGACCUGAGAGAAACAAACAUCGACCUGACCGGAAUCCAGCAGUUCGCCGAGUUGAGGAAUGUCACCUCAUUCAGAGUGUCAGUAUGUGAUGCAAUAAAACUUUGGGAACAUUUGGAGCAAAAUGGGUUACGUGAGCUGCUUCGUCAGUCACUUCUUAAAUUUUCUGUGAAUCCUUUCGAGAUCAAGAGUUUGAAAGAUAUAGAUGACCUUGAUUUACUGGUACAAAUCCAUAAAGAUAGAAGAUUCCUUUUAAGCACACACGACACAUCUGGAGGCGAACUCUAUGAGUUACCUGCUGUCAGGACAUUACAAGUGCUGGAGUUUGCUCUUGGCCCAGUGGAUGGACCCCAGGGAUUUCAAAAAUUAACUAAGAUUCUACCAGCUCUGGCAUUUUUGAAGUAUCUAGAUCUUGAAGGACCAAGCUCGCAGAAAGUUAAAAUGAGUGAAAACAAAAUUGGAGAUGAAGGAGCUGAGAGAUUGGCAAAGGUGUUGUCUAAUCUAACAUCACUAGAAAAACUGACAUUGUCACGUAACCAGAUAGCAGACCGAGGAGCACAGGAGCUGGCGAGAUCACUUCCCAGCCUGAAGUUUUUAAAGACACUGAGUCUCUAUGACAAUAUCAUUGGUGACAAAGGGGCAGAAAAAUUAGCAGAAAUACUCCCAGUAAUGAAGUCACUAAAAGUUUUAGAUGUUAAAUUCAAUAAAAUCACAGAUGCGGGAGCACAGAGGCUCACACAGAGUUUAAAAGACUGUCCCCAUAUUGAGACAAUAUGGCUAUGGAGCCCGACAAUUACACACUGGAUGUCUGUACACAUUCAACAGAUUGAUGUUAGAAUUAAUUUACAGUAGGCAGUUCUUCAUGCUCAGUAUUGUACCAAAAUCAGCGGGAUUUGCAGGUGAAAUCUUUGCACUUCACAUUUCUUCAGAAUAAAUUGAAAAGCAUCAAGCUUCAACACUGGUUUACAGGAUGUGCUGUGGUGUCAGUGGCAAUGCCAGACAUCAUCAUCGCAGUUGGUUUUGUCACCAUGAAACAGCAGAAAUAUCCAUUUUUGCUGCAUGUAUCAAAAUAAGGAGAUCGGGAUCAGGGAAAUGUUUAGAAUAUGGAACUUGCUAUCACAUAAAGUUGUUGAGGUGAAUACUAUUUAAAGAAAGGCCAGAUAGGUACGUGGGAGAAACAAAUCAAGAGGUGUUUUUUCGUUUGCAUGGAGGUGAAGUCAGAUGGGAACAGGCUGUGGAGCAGAAAAAACAUAGAUGUGUUGGACCGAAUGGCCAGUUUCUGUGCUAUUAUCUGGUCUGUUCAUUUUAUAUAAAGCCUUCAUGGAUUUUCCUCCCUUACUUAUCAGCAUUCUUUGUAUCAAGAGGUGAAUAUUUAUCAAGGUUUUGUUUUCCUGAGAUCUUCACUCUCAUUGUCAUUCAGGAUAGUGUAUGGGGAGAAUAACACAGUCCAGUUAUGUAGUUUCCCAUGGGGAAUGGAGCCAUACAGCCAUAUACCAAUCGUUCUACAGAUUUGUUGUUGCUAUUGUUAACAAAAUGAAUAAACCAAAUUCUGUUGAGCAUAAUCUUUGCAGAGAGCAUUACCUGUAGAAUAUUUAGAAAGCAACUUGAAUCUUGUGUAAAAUUUUGCACUAAAUGAAUUUUCUACUGCACUUGGUUACUUUAUUGUAGUGUUGGUAGUGUUUGCUGCUAUUUAACUGUGUUUCAAAGGGAUCAUAUUUGUGUGCAUCCUUUGGCAAUAAUAUAAACAGCAGCUUGUAUUUAUAUUAGCACCUUUUACAUUAUAAAGCAUCCCAAAGCACAUCACAGGGACAUUAUAAAACAAAUCUUGACAGUCCACAUUAGGAGAGAUUAGGGACAGUGAUAAAGAGCUUGGCCAAAGGAAUGGAUUUUAAGGAACAUUUUAAAGAAAGGCGGAGAGGUUUACCUGAGGAAUUCCAGACUUUAACACCUUGGCACCAGGAAUCAGGAAACAAGGAUAGGGAUUUUAAAAUUGAGGCA